AUGCCAAGACGAAGUUCAUACGAAACAAAAAAUCUAUCUUGCUAUUUCCGUCCCUUCUAUGUAUGCCUGAUCAAACCCUUCUUCCAUGCCCAAGUCUACCAAUUCUCUUCACCUUUCCACCAAAUGGCGGAUGAUGAAAACUCCGGCCUUGUUCUUAAACUAAUCAUUUUCCUAAUAGCAGCCGCUUCUGCCGCCGUGUUCGUCACCAUAUACCAUUGCAUCACGGCGGGUAACAUCCAUGUCUUACUGCGCUUCCGCCGAAACCCACCUCCACGACCAACUUUCGUCUCCACCACGGGACAACCCGACCCGCAAUUUAGUAUUGAGACAUCAGUGGCCGAACUCCUUCCAACACACAAAUUUCAGGACACUGGCUUGAUCGGAGUGGACGAUAAUAUGUGUGCAGUUUGCUUGUCGGAGUUUGAAGAAGAUGAAGAAUUGCGUACACUGCCGGAGUGUAAGCACUCGUUCCAUGUACAGUGUAUCGACAUGUGGCUUUAUUCGCAUUCGAAUUGCCCCAUGUGUCGCACCGUUGUUUUGCCUUCUCCGUUGAUGCUUUCGCAGUUGCUGGAUUCGAAUUCGGGGACGGAAAGUGCACGGGUCGAUAUUGUAUAA